AUGGCGCAAUCACUGGAGCUUCUUCUCCUUCAAUUCCUAAUGCCGGACAACGAGGCGCGAAUGCAAGCCGAGAAUCAAAUAAAACGUUUGGCUCGGGAUCCGCUCGUUGUUCCGGAGCUUAUCGAUCAUAUCCGGUCCGCGAAAUUGCCUCAUGUCCGGCAACUCUCCGCCGUUAUCCUUCGUAAGAAGAUCACCGGUCAUUGGCCGAAGCUUCCGGAUGAUAUUCGCCAGCUUGUCAAACAAUCUCUCAUUGAAAGCAUCACUACUGAAUCCAGUCCAGCUGUUAGACGAGCUAGUGCAAAUGCGGCAAGUAUCAUUGCGAAGUAUGCUGUUCCAGGUGGUGAAUGGCCUGAUCUACUGCCAUUUGUGUUCCAGUGCGGUCAAAGUCCACAAGAAGAUCUCAGACAGGUGGGAUUAUUGUUGUGCAGCUCCUUAACAGAGACAAUCGGGGAUUCAUUCCAACCAUAUUACGCAGACUUGCAAUUACUUUUACUCAAAUGCCUACAAGAUGAGCUCAGUGAUAUUAGAGUUUCUGCUCUUAAGGCAGUUGGAGCUUUUCUCGAGUCUACUCAUGAUGAAUCCCAAGUGGUUAAAUUUUGUGAGCUUAUUCCCAGCAUAUUAAACUUUUCGAGAGAAUGCCUUGUGUCUGGUGACGAAGAUAUUUCCAUAAUUGCUUUUGAGAUAUUUGAUGAACUGAUUGAAUCUCCAGCACCCCUUCCUGGAGAAUCAAUUAAGUAUGUAGUGCAGUUCUCUCUUGAGGUUUGCUCAAAUACAAACAUGGAAAUUAGUACCCGUCAUCAGGCUAUUCAAAUUAUUUCAUGGCUUGCAAAAUAUAAAUCAAAUUCUCUUAAGGAGAACAGUUUGAUCAUUCCGAUCCUCCAAAUUAUGUGUCAGUUGCUUACAGAAGCAACUAACAGUGAUGAAGAUGAUGAUCUCUCACCAGAUCGAGCUGCUGCAGAAGUUCUUGAUACUAUGUCACUAAAGCUGUCAAAGUAUGUGUUUCCAUCUGUCUUUGAAUUUGCUUCUGGGAACAACCGCAGCUUCGAUCCAAAGCUAAGAGAAGCGUCUGUCAUGGUUUUGGGUUUGAUCUCAGAGGGUUGUUUAGAGUUGAUGAAGGAGAAUAUUAAACCAGAUCUUGAUAUUGUCUUAGAAGCUUUAAGAGAUCCUGAGCAGGUUGUAAGAGGAGCUGCAUCGUAUGCAUUAGGUCAAUUUGCCAAGUAUCUGCAGCCCGACAUUAUCUCUCACUAUGAAAGGAUUCUCCCUCGUAUAUUGAAAUCACUACACGAUCCAUCAGAUGAUGUGAAGGAGAAAACUUACUAUGCCUUGGCAGCAUUUUGUGAGAAUUUUGGUGUGGAUAUCAUCCAAUUUAUUGACCCACUAAUGGGAAAACUACUCGAUUCUCUUCAAAAUAGUCCGAGAACAUCACAGAAAGCAUGCUUGUCCGCAAUUGGUUCAAUUGCAUCUGCUGCAGAGAAAGCAUUUAUUCCAUAUGCUGAAAGGGUUUUGGAAUUGAUGAAAACUUUCAUGAUGCUUAGAAAUGACGAUGACCUCCUGUUACGAGCAACCGCUACUGAAUUGAUGGGAAUAGUUGCAAAGAUUGCAGGACAGGAAAGAAUGGAAGCAAUCUUACCACCUUUUAUUGAAGCUGCAGUUUCUGGGUAUUGGCUGGGGUGCAGUGAACUGCGUGAGUAUACUCAUGGAUUUUUCAGCAAUGUGACAGAAAUUUUGAGAGACAGAGUUGUUCAGUAUCUUCCUCAUGUGGUACCUUUGGCAUUUUUUUCUUGCAAUCUUGAUGAUGAGCCUUCAAUUCAUAUUGAUGAUUCAGAUGAGGAUGAAGAUGUCAUUGGAUUAGGUGCAAUUUCAUCAGAUGACGAAGCUCAAGAUGACCCGAGAGUUGGGAACAUCAGUAUAAGAACCAAGGUUGUAGAUGAAAAGGCUGCUGCCACUCAAUCCCUUGGUCUAUUUGCUCUUCAUACAAAGAUUGCAUAUGCUCCAUAUUUAGAAGAGUCAGUGAAGAUUAUGGUGAAGCAUUCCAUAUACUUCCAUGGAGAUGUCCGACUUCAGGCCAUUACUGGUUUGCAACAUAUUUUGACAGCUGCCCAUGCCUUUUUACAAGGUCAGAAUGAAGGAACAUCAAAGACAAAACAACUUCUUGGUACUGUGAUGACCAUUUAUACCAAGACUCUGAAUGAAGAUGAUGACAAGGAAGUAGUUGCUCAAGCUUGCAUGAGUGUAGCAAAAAUCACUAAGGAUUUUGAAUAUGUCGCCAUUGAACCUUAUAUUCCUCAGCUUGUAGAGUCGACUCUGAUAUUGUUGCAGCAGAAGUCAGCUUGCCAGCAAGUAGAAUCUUACAGUGAUAGCGAUAAGGAUGAUUUUGGACAUGAUAAAAUGCUUAUGGAUGCUGUUACAGACCUCCUUUCUGCUUUUUCAAAGGCUAUGGGUUCUAACUUCGCAACAAGCUUUGCAACUCUCUAUGAUGCCUUAAUGGAAUUUGCGAAAGGAUCACGCUCACCUCAAGAUUGGACUAUGGUGGUUGCUUGUCUUGCGGAAGUUGCUCAGAAUAUGGGCUCUCCAGUAUCUGACUACAUAGACCCAGUGAUGCCCUUUGUAUUAAAAGAAUUAGCUUCAUCAUCGGCAACCAAUAGGAGGAAUGCUGCAUUCUGUGUCGGUGAGCUGUUCAAGAAUGGUGGAAACUGCGGUCUGAAAUACUUAAGUGACGCUUUACACUGCCUUUAUCCACUGCUCGAAGAAUCUGAGCCAGACCAUGCAGUAAGAGAUAAUGCUGCAGGUGCAAUUGCAAAGAUGAUUAUGACACACCGGGAUUCUGUCCCACUAAAUCAGGUUCUCCCUCUUCUUAUCAAAGUUCUUCCCAUAAAAGAAGAUCGAGAGGAAUCUGCACCUGUUUAUAAUUGCAUUUGCAACCUUGUUUUGCAAUCCAACUCACAGAUCCUUCAACUAGUUUCAGAUUUGGUUAUGGUAUUUGCACAAGUGGCCGCUUCACCAUACGAAACACGAGAAGUUAAACUUCAAAUAGGAGCAGCUAUCUCUCACUUAAUAUCACUCUAUGGGCGAAAAAUGCAGCCCAUUUUGAGAAACCUCCAACCAACAUAUGCUCGUGCGUUGGCUGCUAUUGUACCAAAGAGUUGAUGAACAUCAAGUGCAGCAACAUUUCCAGAUUCAAUUGAUAAUACAUCUCCCUCCAAUAGGAAUCAUUCUGGAGUUUACUUCGUUGAUUUUUCAGCCCAGAUGAUUAACUAUCAUUUUACCAAGGUUUUGGCCUUCCCAAGAGUACAGUUAAUACAUACUUAUUAUAUCUCUAGCAAGCAUAAUCACAAAAAAAGUAUUCCCAUAAUUCUAGUUAAACCAUAUUGAUAAGUUUGGCAAUUGGUAAUAUAUGCUUUUUACCCUUUAAAGAAAGAAGAUUCUCAGAUGAAUGUAUAUAU